GUGCUUGCGAUGGCCCCAAAGCGGGCUAGCGACACUCGUCAGCCCGAAGAUGUCUCUGGACGCGAGCGCAAGAAACAGAAGACCGCCGCGGCGCGUACGAUCGCGGUACAACCCACGGCGGGGCCGUCAGCCACUGGUGAGAAUGCCAAAACUGGCCCGUCGAAGUCGGUGCGCUUUGACAGUAUGAAAGGUCUGCCCGGGGCGCUGGACGUGGAACGGUUCGCAGAAUCAAGAGCGUUUGAGAUCAACGCAAUGCAUGAGGCCAUGCAGAAUGCUCGGUCGGCCUCCACGCAAAGGGCUUGGCAGCAAUUGCCCCGUCAUCUCCGUCGCAGGGCUGCUAGCCAUGAUGUACGGCGCGUACCAUUGCGGCUUCGUGACAAAGCUCGCGCAGAGAUGGAUCCAGCACGUCGCAAGGCAUUAGGUCGCAGUAUGCCCAAGAAGAGCAAAAGAAACCAGCCCAACAGAACUGGCAAGCUGCUAGCUAGACAAAAGGACAAGACAUGGCUUGAGACUCAUCUAUGGCAUGCUAAGCGAAUGCACAUGGACAACAUGUGGGGUUACCGGUUGGCUACCACACCAACCGAGAAGUCUUUUCGUCCAUCGCAUCGAGCUUCGGUGCACGGUUCAAUCCUUCACGAUGCAUCUUAUCAAGCUACGAUCGAGAUCGUAGGUCCCGAAGACAUCCUACGAGCUAUUCUGGACAGCUGCUGCGAUUGUCAGGGGCCGAGCCCUGGAGCCAAACGGUUUUUGACUGGCGCGCGAGCUAUAGAGACACACAUCUAUGGCUAUAACACUUACCCUGACCAACUCCUCACACCCGCAACCAUCUUGUGGCAUGCCGAGGCCGUGACUUCCAGCGCCUCGAAAGCUCAGACUUCUGGUGAUGAUGGGAGCACAAGCAAGGGCAAGGGCAAAGAGAAGGCAACCGCGACCACGUCAAGCGAUCCAGAGCACAAAAUCAGGACAGUCUGGAUACGUGUUCACCCUGCUGCUACUGCCGAAGCACACCGAGCUCUGCGCCAUGCUGCGUCCUUCGCUAUUGAUACAGUUAAACAGACUGGGCGCACAGUCGAGGUCGAGAUAGCGGACUUGCGCGAGCAGUUCAAUGUCUUCGAGAUCAUGGGACCGAAGGCGAGUCAGGUUCUGAAGGGUGCGCUGAAACCGGUAGACGACAAUCGGGAGGACUCUAAGAAGUUUUGGGCUUCACUGAGCAAAAUACAAUCUGCGGGGUCUGUUCCAAGAGGCAUGGUGAUUGGAUUUAUGGUGCACGAUCCACGAUUAAGCUUUCCCCCAAAGAAUGUGAAGGUCGACCUGGAGAGUAGCACGACGCUCUCUCCCUCCUCGACUGUCUUCCCUUCCACGGCACUCGCUCAAAGUCAGAUUUGGGAUGAGAAGACAAGGAUUGCGCUUCGCACCCCCAAGUACAAGAAAAGAGACAUCGACCAGCGUCGAUCAAACAAUCUCGUUCCUGGAACCCCGCUCAAAUCAGAGCGCAAAGACGACCGCAUUCCCGUCCUCCUCAUUCAGCGCUCUGUCGAGAACAACGCCUUCGCCCAAUCCGCCACUGCCUCCAACCCCCGCUCGAGCACCACCAACGCAUUACACGGCUGGACGCUCAUCGUCCCACAAGGUUGGGGCAUGCCCUUCUUCUCGUCGCUCACGUACACCGGCACGCGCGUUGGGGGCCAGCGCGAGCGCCAGACACAGGCCUUCGAAGCGGGAUCCGCGUACUUCCCGCGCGACUUCCCGGCCACCGACGCGUACGAGGAGUAUGCCGAGGGCAGGGCGGAGGAAGAUCGCGAGACGUGGGAGCGCAAGCCGCCUGCGAAGCGGCCGAAUUACGAGAAGUUGGGCACGCGGAGCCCCUGGAAGCCGGACUGGAACGUCGUGCUUGGGCUCGAGAAACCUGAUGCUGCCAGUGGCGAAGAUCUACUGAAUACACAAAGGGAGGUUGAAAUGACCGAUACGGACCCCGCUGCAUCCGUGCCUGCGCCUGUGCACAUAACCGCCGCGGCCGUGGUGGAACAGAAGGUGCAUGCAUGGCUCCUUCGUGGAUCGGACGUCGCCACAAUUAUUGCAGACGUUUCUGCCAUGCUCAGCCCUGCCGCGGGUCUACUCAUGCACGUCAAUCAAGUGCGCGCAAAACGCAAACUAGACCCACUUCAUACGAGCGUACGUGCAGAGGACCUCUUGCAAGCGGCUCUCGUGCAAGUCGCGAUCUUCCCCAGUGGACGAGGCUGCCCAGACGAUCUCGCAAUUAUCUACUGCGUGGAGGACGAGGAGGCGCGCAGAUGGAUUAGUGCGGAGGCGAGCAAGAAGAACGGGCUUGCGCUCCUGGGAGAUGGACCCGAUGAGACAGAGCUCGCCCAGGCUACGCCAUCACCUGAGGGUAUCAUCGGAUACGUGACUACUGGCAACUUCUCCCUCUCGCUUGGCGAAGGUCACGCUGUUGGGGCGAUGCCGUUGACUGAAUAUCUCGGGCUAAGGAAGCAGGCAGAGAGGCUACGAAAUGGGCAUAAGUUCCUUGUGAAGCUUCGUAACCGGAACGAGACGAUUUGUCGCCUCGGGUACGUAGAACUACUGCACUAAUACACUUGCUGC